UCACUCACUCACGUAGGUUCUUGGGCUGGAGAAUUUCGCGGCGAUGGCGACGACGGCUCGGUGCUGGAAGGGGACGCAGUGAAGCUGGCCUCGGCUCGGAUAUGACUAAUGCUUAUUUGAUCGAGGUCUAUUUGCUGCUCAGUAAUUGCACGGGGUUCGGGUGAAUAUUUGGCUUCCAACUUCUCAUCGCUCCUUUCACUGAUUUCCAUGCCUUACCUGUGAGAGUUUCGAUACAGGAUCAUCAGGACGACCCAAUUUCCGUUAUUGAUUGUCUGUGACAGGUCCAGGCGGGAUCUCCUAGUCGGGUGACCCGCACUCCUUCACAGGGGCCAUGGAGGAGGAGGGGCAGCAGAGCUUGGUGUGCAUCCAGGCCAAUCAGAUCUUCCCCAAGAAGUCCCCCGUUCUAGAGGAAGAAAACAUGCAGUUGCCCUUUCCUGAGCUGCAUGGCGAGUUCACAGCGUACGUGGGGCGAGCAGAGGACGCCAUCAUCGCAAUAUCCAACUACCGCCUACACAUCAAGUUCAAAGAGUCCGUCGUCAACGUUCCUCUUCAGCUCAUCGAGAACGUGGAGUGUCGGGAUAUGUUCCAGCUUCAUGUCACCUGUAAGGACUGUAAAGUUGUCAGGUGUCAGUUCUCCACCUUUGAGCAGUGUCAGGAAUGGUUGAAGCGCCUGAACGCUGUUGUGCGCCCCCCCUCUCGCCUGGAGGACCUCUUCUCAUUUGCCUUCCACGCCUGGUGCAUGGGGGUGUACGCUGGCGAGAAGGAGCAGCACAGCGAGCUUUGCAGACCAGGGGAACACGUGACUUCCUGGUUCAAGAACGAGGUGGAGAGGAUGGGCUUCGACACACAAAACGCCUGGAGGAUAUCUGACAUCAACAGCAAGUUCAGGCUCUGCCCCAGCUAUCCUCAGCAGCUGCUGGUUCCGGCCUGGAUCACUGACAAGGAGCUGGAAAACGUGGCGGCCUUCCGCUCCUGGAAGAGGUUUCCUUCUGUGGUUUAUAGGCACCAGACCACUGGAGCUGUGAUCGCCCGCUGCGGUCAGCCAGAGGUCAGCUGGUGGGGAUGGAGGAACGCCGAUGACGAGCACCUGGUCCAGUCCAUCGCCAAGGCCUGCGCCACGGACAGCAGCGCCCGCAAACACCUUUCCAACGGCGGCUACGCCAACGGCACGGACCUGCCCGACACAGACUUUGAAUCCUCCAUGACCAACGGCUCGGAGGCGGAGACUUUGACCCAGCCACACAAGCUACUGAUCCUGGACGCCAGGUCCUACGCUGCUGCCGUGGCCAACAGGGCCAAAGGCGGAGGGUGCGAAUGCCCGGAGUACUAUCCCAACUGUGAGGUGGUGUUCAUGGGCAUGGCCAACAUCCACUCCAUCCGCAAGAGUUUCCAGUCCCUGCGAUUCCUCUGCACUCAGAUGCCUGAUCCGGCCAACUGGCUUUCUGCACUGGAGAGCACCAAGUGGCUGCAGCACCUGUCCCUGCUGCUGAAGGCGGCGCUGCUCGUGGUCAACGCCGUGGACCGAGACCACCGGCCCGUAUUGGUGCACUGCUCCGACGGCUGGGACCGCACACCUCAGAUCGUCGCUUUGUCCAAGCUUCUGCUGGACCCUUACUACCGCACCAUAGAGGGCUUCCAGGUUUUGGUGGAGACCGAUUGGCUUGACUUUGGCCACAAAUUCGGCGAUCGCUGCGGCCACGGAGAAAACUCCGAGGACCUGAAUGAGCGCUGCCCCGUUUUCCUGCAGUGGCUGGACUGCGUUCACCAGCUGCAGAGGCAGUUCCCAUGCUCCUUUGAGUUCAACGAGGCCUUCCUGGUGAAACUGGUGCAGCAUACCUACUCCUGUCUGUUCGGCACCUUCCUGUUUAACAGCGGCAAGGAGAGGGAGGACCGCCACGUCCAGGAGCGGACCUGCUCCGUCUGGUCACUGCUGAGGCCAGCGAACCGCACACUCAGGAACAUGCUGUACUCCUCGCACUCGGAGAUAGUUCUCCACCCAGUGUGUCACGUACGCAACCUGAUGCUGUGGACGGCGGUCUACCUGCCCAGCUCCUCCCCUACCACCCCGUCAGAUGACUCAUGCGCCCCCUACCCUGUGCCGGGGGGCAACCCUGAGGAUGCGCCCCUGGGCAGACGUCCGAAGACUCGCUCGUUCGAGAACUUGCCCAGUGCGUGUGAGCUGGGAAGCUCUCUGGCUCCGAACCGCCGCUCCAGCGACCCGAGCCUCAACGAGAAGUGGCAAGACCACCGGCGCUCCCUGGAGCUCAACGUGGCAGUGGGCCCCGAGGGAGGGGGAGCCCCGGAUCAGGAGCCGCGGCCUAACGGAGUGGGGCCUUACCCGGAAGGAGUGGACCUCGAACUGGAAGAGAGCCCGCGCGCUGAGCUCGACCAAGAAGCCUCGGUGAGCGCUGCAGCCGCAGGUCUGGAAGCGAAGGAGGCGGAUCUCUCUGUGGUGGUGGCCGUGGCCGAGGGCCAAAUGGAAAACAUCCUUAAGGAAGCCACGAAGGAGGAGGCGGGAGCGGGAGCAGAUGUUCAGAGAGAGGGAAGUGCUGAUGUCACACGUGUCGCUGACACCGUUGACGCAGAGUCUGAGAAAGUAACAAAGGUUGAAGAGGAUGAUCUGUGUGCUGAGGUCAACGGGAGUGACGUGCAGAGGGAAUCGAUCGCUAAUGGUCACCAUUCACUGAAUGGACUAAUGGAGGCUGAGGAGGAUGCUGUGUCUCCCCCUCUGCCCGCACAGAUGCCGGGCGAGAUGCCGGAUCAACGAGCAGCUGAGGUCACUCGGGCCCCCGAGGAUCUGGAGCAGCAGAGCUCUUCUGUACAAGAUGAGCUCAGACCAUGUGACUCCCGCUCAGACGAGCCAGACGAGCCCGCAGCCCAUAGAACUAUAACUAACGGCUUCGUGGACCGGUCGCCUGUUGUUGACGAGGAGACCUGCCCGACCUCUGAACCCGACCACGGGGUCUCCGAGGCGGUGGAGCCGCUGGACAAGAGGCCCUCCCUGAUGGAAAGCUCCACGGAGACAUUGACCGAGGAGGUCGGCGCCAUAACGGAGCCGCCGGCGCAGCCCCCCGUUUGCCCGGCUUGUCAGCCCUGCAGCGAUCCGCCGCCCUGCCCCGGGAAAGAGAAAGGACCGGAGGCAGGCGAGCACGGCUACAUCAGAACUUUAAACGGGGCCGCCAGGCCACCCCCCGUCAGUGCCUUUCAAUCCGUGAGUGCUGACCUCGGCAGGGACGGGCUCUGCAACAGCGAGAGCUCCGAGGGGGAGCCCUGCGGAGGACACCACUGGACCAAAGUGAACGGGGAGAGGGUCCCCCUGAGCCGACAGGUGUCCUUAGCCAGCUGCAACUCCCUGAUCCUGCAUCCGCGCGGGAACUGCUCCCAGCACCGCUGGUGCCACGCCCUGCUGGGCCGGGCCGCCGUCAGCCCCGAGCAGCCGCCCCGCAGCCACCUGGACGACGACGGGCUGACGCUGCACACGGACGUCAUCCAGCAGAGGCUGAGGCAGAUCGAGGCGGGGCACCAGCUGGAGGUGGAGAACCUGAAGAAGCAGGUGCAGGAGCUGUGGAGCCGCCUGGAGAACCAGCAGCACGCCGGCUCCCACAGGACCAACGGAGACACGGGAGACGAAGCGAUCUCAUCGACGGACUCCGAGUACAACCUGGACCCCAACUGUCUGUCGCGCUGCAGCACGGAGCUUUUCUCCGAGACCAGCUGGGAGCAGGUGGACAAGCAGGACACUGAGGUGACCCGCUGGUACCCCGACCACUUGGCGGCCCAGUGUUACGGCUGUGAGAGCAGGUUCUGGCUGGUCGCCAGGAAGCAUCACUGCAGUGGCAGGGAGCCUGUCCAGGAGGUCGGGAAUUGCGGUAACGUGUUCUGUGCCAGCUGUUGCGACCAGAAGCUCCCGGUGCCAAGCCAGCAGCUGUUUGAGCCCAGCCGCGUCUGUAAGACCUGCUACGGUAGCCUCAAGCUAAGCCCCGCCCCCCUGGACCUGGACCUGGACCUGGAGCUGGAGAAACCCAUCACGGCCAGCUCCGACUGAGGCGCUGAAGAAGAGGAGCACGGGAGCUACACAGAAUGUCCCACGUACUUUGUGUGUGUGUGUGUGCGCGUGUGUGUGUGUGUGUAUACGGAAGGUGACCGAGGAGCUGAAUGACGUGUUUGUGAGAUGCCGAGUGCUCUGAAAGUUGGGUGUGCACAGAGGUGGUGUGUGUGAGUGUGUGUGUGUGUGUGAGAGAGAGAAAGAUUAAUGCACACGUUUGCCACACAGAUGGUUUGUGGCUGGGACGGGACGGCCCUCCGAGGCCAGAGGGGUGAGAAUGGACGUCCCGGCGCCUCGGGGCGCGGGCGGGCAGAGGAGGACGUCUCACUGUGUCGCUUCGGCCCCUCCAAUCAUUUAGCGGCCCCUCCGGGCCCCUCCUCAGGCUCCUUGAGUACCAGCGUCAUCUCAAAGCUCGGACUGCUUCUUUACUCUGGAGCCACACCCAAAGUCUCCCUGCAAUCAAAGGACAGUCGCUGACCUCAUCGAAAUGUCCCGAUAGCUGAUGUUCACAGAUCAAUCGUCAGUUCACCCAAAUUGCAAUACCACAUGACCGUAGAUUCCUCCAGUGGCGUCUGACCGUGGGGGAUCUCUGAGACGGUGGGGUCAGCUCUCAGUUACAUAACUUAAAUAAUUCUUAAUAAAUUCAUCAGAUGGUUUCCAUUCAUAUUUUCUGUGUAAUAUAUCAGAAUAUAAUGAAAUAUGGCCGUUAUAUUGAUUUAGAGACCAAGGCCACAUAUUCUUAAUGUUUCUUUCCUCCGACCAACAGUCCAAAACUAAAAAAUAACUGGAAAGUCUACAAUUUUGUAAUUUGGGUGAACUGACCCUCUAAAAUCCUGUGGACUGAGACUUAGAAGUUUUUUUUUUUUUUGUGUUUUUGUAAGUACUUUUAAAUCCUUCCUGCUCACAGUGAGGAGAGGUUAUUGUUAUUCAUAUUUGAACAAUCAGGGCGAGUUAGAGAAGUGUACAAAAGGCUUUAAAGCAUCCCACCCUUUAACAGCUGGUGUUACUGGGCGUCUGCUGGGAGAACUCGCGCCACGCCCUUCACUGGUCAUUUUCAUUUUGUACCCAGCAGGCACUGGGAGCUGAAAACUCACUCACUUUGCAGCCUCUCGCUGGAAGCUACUUGCAGAGUUGGGAAUGUGACGCGUUUAACUCAAACAUUCUCCAUUUGAGUUGAUGUAAUAAACAAACAAAAAUGUAAAAAAGUCAACUCUGCACGGGGGGGGGGGGGGGGCUUUGACCUCACCUGUGAUCAGCAGCAACAGAAAGGGCUCCCACAUGGAAUCUGUUAGAGGCUUCACUGAGACGCCCACUCUGCCCGGCACCCGUUCAAUGACCUCCUUGCACACACACACACACACACACACACACACACACACACACACACACAUUCUUUUGUAAAAUAAGAGAAUAAAAUAAUAUAUUCAGAUACCUAUAUAGCAUUUAAGAAAAAUGUAUAGAAUCCUUGAAUAGUGGCUCACUUAAAUUAGUCACCAAAAAGUUUUUUUUUUAUUUCUUUGUUUUCUUGUUAUAAUUGCAGAAAAAAAAGAUUUAUUUUGCAACCUGUUGAUGACGCAGGUGUUUUUCUUUUCUUUUCUUUCCUUUAUUUUUUUAAAAAUAGUGAUGCAGGGUUUCCUGUUCUGAUGCUGCAGUGGUUUCCCCUUUUUAAAUGCAAUCCUUAUUUUGAUUUAAUUUAUUAAAGUUGUGUUGGUGAAUUGUUGUUUAAAAUCCAGACAAUUCAAAUGCCACAUGAUAAUCAGUGUUUGUUGAGAUGAGGCAUGAGAGAUGGUUUUGAUCUGCGGCUGCGGCGACACUCCUCAUUUCUCCUUCAAAUCAGCCAAUCGAAGCAGGAUUUGUGGCGGUGAUCAUUUCCAUUUAAGGAUGGGGUUCAGUCAAGAGGUGUCAUCCAGCACCAUGUGACCUCGGAUGAUCACAUGUCCAAAUUCAAUUCAAACGAGUGCGUCUGUAGCCGAGGGGAGAGGUCUAUGCACUUAGAACAGUGGUCCAAAAGAAACAGCCUGAACCCAAAAUCCUCCCCCCCCCCCCCCCCCACAACUAACUCCAUACAAACUCAUCUACAAACACUACCUCUACUUUUUACACACACGUGUUCUUACACAUGCAGAUUCCUCCUGAGCUUCUAGUAGCUGAGUGACUUUCCAGAUUCUUUCUUUUCUUCCCCCUCAGUCAGCUGGAGAUUUAAACAGGUACAUCUCACUCGAUGGCAGACUUUCGUUUGAAUAUUGAUCUUAUUGAGACUGCCAACCUUUUGUCCUUUCUUCGUCAUCAGCUUGUCAGGUCAGCAGAGCUGUCGAUCUAUUUAUUUGGUCAAGAGCGGCGUGAACCCUUCAAACGCUGGUUUCCAGGUACAACUGCAUUAAAUGUGCAGGAUAUGAAACCUUUGGUUGGCCUCGGAUCGGACCGCCACCAAAAGAAACUAAAUAUUCUUGUUCAUUGCACUUCACAGUGGUGAUUUAAAGAUGGCUUCUUAUUCUAGAUCAGUGCCCCUAUAAACAAUAAUUGGCAGUAAAUAUAAUUUAUAAUUUGGCUAUAAUGAGAUGCGUAACGUCCCCCGGAGGCCAAAGCUUUCUCACUUCCCGCGUUAACGCAUUGACAGAUGGCAGCAUGAAUCCUGACUCAGCAUUUCCACCACCAUCACUCACACACACAUGUGGGGCGUCAAGCUCGUCUUGUUCAACAACCCAGGAAUGUGAAUUGUCUAAAAUAUAUAUAUAUAUAUUUUUUGCACAUGUCAUUAAGAAGACACUGCCACAGAGUGCAUCAAAAAUAAAGCUGAACCUGAAAGUGUGCUGUGCUUCUCAGUGUUGUAACGAGCAUCGGGGGGGGGCGUGAGUGGGAGGCUGGGGUCACGUGGUCAACGGGUCGUCCUCUUAACGCACAAUCACCAGUAUGAUCCUUUGCUGUGCUUUUUUUUUUCUCCUCUUUUUUCCUGCCAAGCACUUCUCGUGGUCUGCAUACGUUGUAUUUAUCUUCAUAUAAAUGCAUCGUGCAUUUGGGGUGUGUGUGUGUGUGUGUGUGUCCCGGUGGAGACCGGUGCCAAGCAGUCUUACUACGGGUCUCUCAAAGGGAUCACUCGUGCUUUUGUUAUAUCUCCCCCCUUCUGUUUGAUAAGCACUUUGAGCCUUCUCAUGUCUGUCAGAGGAGUGUGUAGCUGUACAUAGCGAUAUCCUGUAACAAGUGUUCAGUCUGAAUAUUCUGUUUUUGUUGCAUUUACUUUAAAGAACAUUACGUUGUAGAGUUUAAAGGAAAAAUAAACUAGAUGAAGCUGC